AUGAUGCUGGCGGGUCUGCAAAUGGAUAUGCCUGUGCCUGGAGGAACUCCAGGUGCCUGGAGGAACGUGCGAGGAACGAGUACUUCCGAAAGGUUCCUUUGCCUGGAGGAACGUGCGAGGAACGAGUGCCUGGAGGAACGUGCGAGGAACGAGUGCCUGGAGGAACGUGCGAGGAACGAGUGCCUGGAGGAACGUGCGAGGAACGAGUGCCUGGAGGAACGUGCGAGGAACGAGUAUACUUCCGAAAGGUUCCUUUUGCCUGGAGGAACGUGCGAGGAACGAGUGCCUGGAGGAACGUGCGAGGAACGAGUGCCUGGAGGAACGUGCGAGGAACGAGUACUUCCGAAAGGUUCCUUUUCCGAGAAAAACCAUGGUAUGCUCCAAGCACGGACCAGUUCCGGUCCCAUAAAAAACCCAUAA